AUGUCCGAACAGAAUGUUAGUGUGUCAUCUGUCAAAUGCGUCGUUGUUGUCUAUGUUACGCAUGUUCUACUUAUCGAGUGUAUAGCUUGCCGUUAUUUAUCAUUGGACUUUACUGGAAAUCUUUUGCCUUACCGAUCCAUCUCCACCUUGCUGAGUUUACAUAUGCUAAAGGUCAAAAAAAUAUCAACGAAGCCUUUCCAAGGGCAGAAACCGGGAACUAGUGGCCUAAGGAAAAGGGUACCCGAAUUUCAACAAGAACACUACACUGAAAAUUUCAUACAAGCGGUUUUGGAUGGUGGUCUGGGCGCCAAAAAGAAGGGCUCUGUUCUAGUCGUUGGAGGAGACGGACGAUUCCUCUCAUUAGAGGCUGUCAUUGUAAUUAUCAGAAUUGCUGCUGCAAACGGGGUUGCUCGUCUAAUAAUUGGUCAGAAUGGUUUUUUGUCUACUCCUGCAGUUUCAAAUCUGAUCAGAAUGGGUUUUGAUGGAAAGAAAAUUGAUGGAGGAAUUAUUCUAACAGCAAGUCACAAUCCUGGCGGCCCUAAAGGAGAUUUCGGUAUCAAAUUCAACUGUGAAAACGGUGGGCCAGCUCCCGAUUCUGUAACAAAUGCUAUUUACGAAAUAACUACAAAGAUGUCUGGAUACUCCAUAUGUUCAGAUCUGCGGUGCGAUUUCACCAAAAUUGGGAGAAACGAGUUCGACGUCGAUGGUGUGGGACACUUCGUUGUCGAUGUGGUUGACUCUGUCAAGGACUACGUUGAUCUUAUGCAGAAGAUUUUUGAUUUUAGAAAGAUCAAAUCGCUCAUUUCUGGUCAUCUGACUGGUAAGAAAUUCGAAGUGCUGGUUGACUCCAUGCACGGUGCCACUGGACCUUAUGUAUCUGCUAUUCUGUGCGAUCUUCUUGGUGUUAACCACGGCGGUUGUAUGAGAACUAAUCCGAUGCCGGAUUUCGGAGGAUGUCAUCCUGAUCCAAAUUUAACCUAUGCAAAACGUCUUGUGGAGCAGAUGAGCAAAGGCGAACAUGAUUUCGGGGCUGCUUUUGAUGGAGAUGGUGAUCGUAAUAUGAUACUGGGAAAACAUGGAUUCUUUGUUACUCCCAGCGAUUCACUGGCGGUCAUCGCUGACAACCUUAGCUGCAUUCCAUAUUUUCAGUCUCGAAAAGUUUCCGGGUUUGCUCGAUCUAUGCCAACUGCUGGUGCUGUUGACCUUGUUGCGAAAACGAAGAGCUUGGAGAUUUUUGAGACCCCUACAGGAUGGAAGUAUUUCGGAAAUCUUAUGGACGCUGGUCGCAUUUAUUUGUGCGGGGAAGAAUCGUUCGGCACUGGGAGUGAUCAUAUCAGGGAGAAGGACGGAGUAUGGGCGAUGUUAGCCUGGCUACAAAUACUUGCUGAAAGGAAAAUUUCAGUGGAAGAAAUUGUAAAAGAUCACUGGAAGCGGUAUGGAAGGAACGUUUUCACCAGGUAUGAUUAUGAAAAUGUGGACGCCUCUGGUGCCAAUCUGUUGAUGACAUUUCUUGAAGCACAGAUGGCAGCUUUUCUAGGCAAGGAGCUGAGCGCAAACGAUGUUACAUACAAGGUGAAGGUGGCAGACAACUUCGAGUACAAGGACCCAAUCGAUGGAUCAUUAGCUUCAAAGCAGGGGUUACGUAUUGUCUUUGAUGACGGCUCUCGCCUCGUUUUUCGUUUGUCUGGUACCGGCUCAGCAGGUGCUACAAUCCGUCUUUACGUAGAUUCGUACAUUCCGCCUAGUGACACUCAGAAGUUGUUCGCUCCUGCUCGGGACCUGCUGAAACCAUUGGUGCUGAUUGCUUUGGAUAUAUGCAAGAUGGAGCAGUUCACAGGAAGGAAGGCGCCUAGUGUGAUUACAUAA